GUCCCUCCCUCUUCUACCCCCACAGUCCCCCCUGCUCCCCCAGCUGCUGUUGUGUCCUGCCUGGCUGCCCGGUGUCUGCUACACUGCUCCCCGCUCCUUCCCCGGACCCGAAGCCCGCCUCGCACCGCCCCGGCUACCGAACUCCCAGUGAAUGCACUAGCCAGCAACCAUGACAGGCAUCGCCGCCGCGUCUUUCUUCUCCAACUCCUGCAGGUUCGGGGGUUGUGGGCUACAGUUCGAGUCUCUGGCCGAGCUAAUCGUCCACAUCGAGGACAAUCACAUCGACACAGAUCCUCGCGUUCUGGAGAAACAGGAGCAACAACAGCCCACUUACCUGGCCCUGAGCUACAUCAACAGGUUUAUGACGGACGCGGCACGUCGGGAGCAGGAGACCCUGAAGAAGAAGGCCACACCCAAACUUUCCCUGUCAAUCACAGGUGGCGUAUCUCGGAACAGCGUGGCCACACCUCCACGGCACAGCAAUGGCAACCUGACUCCCCCCGUGACUCCUCCCAUCACACCCUCCUCCUCCUUCCGUAGCAGCACGCCCACAGGCAGUGAGUAUGAUGAUGAGGAGGUGGACUAUGAGGAGUCAGACAGUGAUGAGUCCUGGACCACAGAGAGUGCCAUCAGCUCCGAGUCUAUCCUCAGCUCCAUGUGUAUGAACGGAGGAGAGGAGAAACCCUUCGCCUGCCCUGUGCCUGGCUGCAAGAAGAGAUACAAGAAUGUGAACGGUAUUAAAUACCACGCCAAGAACGGCCACCGGACACAGAUCCGUGUGCGGAAGCCCUUCAAGUGCCGCUGUGGGAAGAGCUACAAGACGUCCCAGGGCCUGAGACACCACACCAUCAACUUCCACCCGCCUGUCUCCGCCGACAUCAUCCGCAAGAUGCAGGGCUAGAAAAAAACAAAAAAACAUUUCCCUAUUCCUCACCAGCACUCCCAACCCCAACCACCCCACACUUUUUCAAUGUCAAUAUCCACCCCACCUUGACCAACCAACCAAAACAUAUCCCUAUCCCUUCUGGCCCAACCCUAGGGGUGACAACCCAAACCCCUAUCCCUUCUGGCCCAACCUUAGGGGUGACAACCCAAACCCCUAUACCUUCUGGCCCAACCUUAAUAUGCUGACCACACCGCCCAGAUCCAUGUUAUUCAGUCAUUACACCCACACUGCUGGUGUCUGUUCUAUUUGUGAUGCUUAACGCACUGCAAGUCCCGCCUCUCCCAUCUCAUUGAUUUUUAGGAGCAUAUGCUCAUGUGGGUGAUUGAAAGAUGAACGGAGGUCCACACUCCAGUCCAGUCUGUUGUGGUAAUGCGCCUUAAAGUUGGUUGCCAAGCGCCAUAUAAAAUCAGAAAAAGAAGUCUGAAGGAGGAGAGAUUACUAGAAACUAACUCGGUUUAGCCUUUUAUCUAUGGAUUAAUUGUCAGAGGAGAGGACCUUGUGCAUUUCAGGUAAAAUAACAACCCAAUGUUUAUAUCCCAGGACAAAUUAGUUAACAACAGCAAGCUAGCUAGCUAUUGGCAAAAAUAUUUAAUGCUUUUCGACCUGCCCCUAAAUUAAUAUAGUUGGUCCAUGAUUUGUUUUGAUAUUUCAACCUGCGUGUCCUGAUUAGCGUCUGGUGUGGGGGGACAAAUCAACAUGCGAUGACGCACGCAGACGCACAUGCGGUCUGGUCAGCAUGUAACCUUAAGGGUGACAACCCAAACCCCUAUCCCUUCUAGCCCAACCUUAGGGGUGACAACCUAAACCCCUAUCCCUUCUAGCCCAACCUUAGGGGUGACAACCUAAACCCCUAUCCCUUCUAGCCCAACCUUAGGGGUGACAACCUAAACCCCUAUCCCUUCUAGCCCAACCUUAGGGGUGACAACCUAAACCCCUAUCCCUUCUAGCCCAACCUUAGGGGUGA